UAUUGGUUGUGUCUUUUCGCAGAAAUACAUUGCACUGGAGGUUUGUCUGCGCAUAUUUCUAACGCACGGCCAGGCAGCCGGCGCACCGCGGGCUCAGCAAUGUUCACACUCACGGAGGUCGCAUCCUUGAAUGACAUCCAACCGACGUACCGCAUCCUAAAACCAUGGUGGGACGUCUUCAUGGACUACCUGGGACUGGUCAUGCUCAUGCUGGCCAUAUUCGCCAUGACUAUGCAGAUCACCAAAGACCAGGUGUCUUGCCUUCCGUGUCUGGAGGACCCAGAGGAGACCUCAGGAACUACACCUAACUCGUUCCCGCAGCAGAAAGCACAGGAAGCAGCCUCAUCAGCCACCACAAGGGCCCCUGUGGGAACCACCAUGCCCCUAGUCUCUAAGGACUUACCGGACGAAAUUGUCAAUGAAAUCCACGUCGCACAACAACACACUCCUGUGGUGGCAAAGAAAUAUUCCAAUCAACCUCAACCUACAGGGGUCCAGACCAACCUAGACUAUCAACAAUAUAUCUUCAUCAACCAAAUAUGUUACCAUGAAGCCUUGCCCUGGUAUUCCAAGUACUUUCCAUACCUCACCCUCAUCCACACCAUUGUUCUCAUGGUCAGUAGCAAUUUCUGGUUCAAAUACCCCAAAACGAGCUCAAAGAUUGAGCAUUUUGUUUCUAUUCUGGGUAGAUGUUUUGAGUCUCCCUGGACUACAAAGGCCUUGUCUGAAACAGCUUGUGAGGACUCUGAAGAGAAUAAACAGAGGCUGACCGGCACCUCCUCAGCACCAAAGCAGGUAUCGUUAGAGGGUAAGGAUGAAAGCCCAAGCCCAUCCACUCCCAUGCUCGGGGUGAAGUUCUCUGCAGAUAAGCCCAUCGCAGAGGUCCCAAGUAGUAUGACAAUCCUGGACAAAAAAGAUGGGGAGCAGGCCAAAGCCCUGUUUGAGAAAGUAAGAAAAUUCAGAGCUCACGUGGAGGACAGUGAUUUCAUCUACAAGCUUUAUGUAGCGCAGACCAUUGUCAAAACUGUCAAGUUUAUUUUGAUAUUGUCCUACACUUCAACUUUUAUUGCUAAAAUAAAUUUUAGGCAUCAUUGUGAACCUAAUAUUAAACAGCUAAUAGGAUACAGGAAGUUUUUCUGUACACACAACAUGGCUUUCAUGCUAAACAAGCUGCUUAUUAGUUACAUGGCUUUGAUUUUGAUCUACGGGAUGGCGUGCCUGUACUCUCUCUUCUGGGUGUUUCGACGACCCCUGAAAGAGUACUCAUUCGAGAAGGUCCGGGAAGAGAGCAGCUUUAGCGACAUUCCUGAUGUCAAAAAUGACUUUGCAUUUCUCUUACACAUGGUUGACCAGUAUGACCAGCUUUACUCCAAACGCUUUGGUGUCUUUUUGUCUGAGGUUAGUGAAAACAAGCUGAGGGAGAUCAGCCUCAAUCACGAGUGGACCUUUGAAAAACUAAGGCAGCUUGUGACCCGUAACGCACAGGACCAACUGGAGCUGCACCUGUUCAUGCUUUCUGGUCUCCCGAAUGCAGUGUUUGACCUCACGGACUUGGAAGUGCUGAAACUGGAGCUGAUUCCUGAAGUGAGGUUCUCAGCAAAGGUCUCCCAAAUGACCAGCCUUCAGGAGUUGCAUCUCUGCCACUGCCCGGCCAAAGUAGAGCAGACAGGUUUCGCUUUCCUCCGUGACCAUCUUCGGUGCCUUCAUGUCAAGUUCACUGAUGUUGCCGAGAUCCCAACAUGGGUGUAUUUGCUGAGGAGUUUGAGGGAGCUUAACUUAAUCGGCAACUUGAGCUCAGAAAAUAACAAAAUGAUUGGCCUAGAGUCCAUGCGAGACUUGAGGCAUUUAAAGACAUUAUGCUUGAAGAGCAACCUCACCAAAAUGCCCACAAACAUCACAGAGCUAUCACCACAUCUGCUUAAGUUAGUGGUGCACAAUGAUGGUAUAAAACUGCUAGUACUAAAUAGUCUUAAAAAAAUGACAAGUCUAAUUGAUCUGGAGCUGCACAGCUGUGAACUGGAGAGGAUUCCCCAUGCUAUUUUCAGCUUGAUAAACUUACAGGAACUUGACCUGAAGUCUAACAACAUCCGAACCAUAGAGGAGAUCAUCAGCUUCCAGCACCUCAAGAGGCUGACGUGCCUCAAACUGUGGCACAACAAAAUUAUCACCAUCCCAUCCUCCAUCGGCCACGUCAAGUCUCUGGAGUCUCUCCACCUCUCUCACAAUAAACUUGAGUCCCUGCCUCCAGCCUUGUUCACUCUACCUAAACUGCGGUACUUGGACGUGGGACACAACUCCAUUACAGUGCUGCCUCCAGAUGUGGGGAUCCUCCACAACCUCCAGCAUUUAGCCAUCAACUCCAACAAGCUGGAGGUGCUGCCCAAGCCUCUGUUCAGAUGCACCAAGCUCAAGGUGUGUCUGGGGAACAAUGCGCUCACAGUGCUGCCAGAGGCUGUGGGUCAACUGGUCCAGCUCACUCACCUGGAGCUGAGAGGAAACUGUCUGGACAGACUGCCCGCCCAGCUAGGCAUGUGCCGCCUGCUGCGCAAAAAUGGCCUGGUUGUAGAAGACCAUCUCUUUGACACACUCCCUGUGGAAGCUAAGGAGAGUAUCGGCCAAGAGACCAACGUGUCCUUUACCAGUGGCUUAUAGCACAAAAAACACUUCUCAGACAGGCGGGCACCUCUGGUGGUUCAUGACAAGCCUGUGUAAUGGAUGUAAGAGUAGACUGUUUAUAAUUGUGGUAUACCUAAAAAUGAAUGCAUUUUCUUGAUUAUUUUAAUGGCUUGUCUUAGUUGCUUAUGUAUUAAAACGGUACGGCUUUUCUUUGUUGCUGAGUAUACUAUGUAUCUAAUUCAGCAACCUUUGGGGAUUUAGCUUUCCAUAGCUUUGAGUGACAAAACAUUAGAAAUUUAGCUUCCUUAUGUAACACUCUAGACCAAAACUGUUUCCUCCAAUGACACAGUAUGUAAAUUUGUCAUUAUUGUUUUAGGUACUCAGGUAUAAGUGUAACCAUUGGGAACAAUCUUUUUGCCUUAACUGCUGCUAUUGCGUUUGUUUUUUUUACAGUGAGGGCUUUCACAAGCAAACGGCCAAAUAUGAAUAUUUCAUGUUUUCGUGUCAGUUUUUCAUAUAGACUCUAUUCACAGAGCAAAUUCUACAUGUUAUAGAAGAGGACAAAAUGCAACACCUCUUUUUUGGUAGUUCUUAACUUUUGUUGAAAUUAUUUAAAGUGGACCUAUUAUGCUUUUCCUUAGUGCUCAUAAAUGAUUAUAAUGUUGGAUGUUCAUAUUAAAUCUGGCCAAAGUUUCAAAUAAUGAGGUAAAGAAAUAAAAAAGGAAUCCCUGUGAGUAAAAAUCUCAGGUUUUAGACUUCUCUGAAUACUAGAUCUCCAAUAUUUUCUUCUACUUUUGGGCCGGGCUGAUGUCAUGUUGGUGGCUGUGUCCUUACGGUCAUCUGCUACUCGACCGCUCGUGUCACAGCAGCUUUUCCAGUACUGCAGUUAGUGGCUACUUUAAUGCUAUCUGUACAUUUAGAAACUCUGUAAAAUAUUUAAGAUUAAUAUUUGUUUAAUAAUCCUUGUCUCAUUUGUGGGCUGAUAAACGGUAAAUUUAUCAAAUUCAGUGCCCUAUAUUGCUGUUUUCCAAGAUAAGUUACUGUAGCUUUCAUAUGCAAGAGGAUGAGGCCUUGCGGGCGGUGCUCAUCUCACAACACUUGGCGCUGCCCCCCCAGCAGGUUUCCAGAAGUUGGCAGAUGAGAAAGUGGGCUUUUAGGGAGGAGGCCCUUAAAGAGACAGGAGCCAAAACGGCUUGUUUCAGACAGAAGAUAAACUGAGGGACAACAUAAAAGGGCCAGUAUAAGAUAAAUGAGGAUUUUUUUGAACUGUGAAUCGUGCAAAGCUACUGUAGUGGAAUCCUAGAGUAAAAAUAUAGAGCUGGAAAUCAGCAUAAUGGGUCCCCUUUGACCUUUUAUUUUCCUCAAUGUCUUGUAGCUGACUGAAUGAGUUUAGAGUUGUGAAACUCUAAAGACUACGCACCAGAAAUGAACCUUCACCUUGAUGUUAUAGAGAUUAUAUACUAAGGCCUAUAGUAAUAAAUUGCACAUGCACUAAACUUAGUGAUUGAUUUAAGGCUUGAUGAAUGUCUUUUGUGAUAACAUGUCCUAAAACUAACGUGAUCUGUUAAAAGGGAAAUCUGUUAACUAUAUUUUUUAAUCAUGCUUUACAAUUUGAAAUGUGUUAUAAAACUGGUUACAUGUAGGAGUGAUUAUUCUACAUGUCAGAAUCAUGUAAUGACGACAAACAUGUCUGCCUUCAUUCUUCUCAAUGCAUUUCUGUGUAGGCCUAUAUAUAUGUGUGUGUGUGUGUGUGUGUGUUCUUCAGAGCUUCUGUACCACCCUGGUGAUUCUAUGCUCAAAGUUCACAACUUUAUGGCACAAUAAAACAGGAUUUUAGAUGAA